UCGUCAUGUGAUUGAUUUCACGGCUACACAAUAGUAUUGAAUCAUCAAACAUCUAGCGGUCAAAGGAGCUCAAUCCGGCGGACGUUGGAUGAUGGCCAGGCCGCUUUCACAGCUCCUUCCACCGGACCUUCACUCUGCCGGAGCCAGUCCACAGUUUGGCAACAGUAUCCAGGCUGGAGGCUCACUUAACGGAGGACACUUAAACUCCACUGCAAACUUAAAGUCGCUCCUGCAGCUCCCAGUGAAGGGCGACCAGCGCGUCAAAGACUGUAGUGAAAUGAAGGGUAAGGACAGGUUGGAUAUUGAUGAAGACUCUCUCAGUCGUUGUCCUCUGCGCAACGGCUGCAGCAAUGGACUAGUCACUGACAGCAACGGUGCAGGCACGGGCAACUUCUCUAACGGCAACAACAGUUCCUUCCUGGGCCCGUUGCUAUGGGAACGAACAUUGCCAUGUGAUGGCGGUCUGUUCCAGUUGCAGUACAUGGAUCUCGAGGAGUUUCUGACAGAGAACGGGAUGAGCAACAUGCACAGUACCUCAAACUCCACCUCGGCUCAGAUACCCUCGCAAAGCUCUCAGUCCGCCGUCCCCAACCAGGGUUCCCAGUGCCUCCCCACCUCGCCCCCACAUUGCUCCUCAUCCUCCUCACCGACAUCCACCACCGCCUCCUCCUCGCCCUCUCUGCUCGGGCUGGACAUGCACACGCCGCAAAGCAUGAUGGGAGCUGCAGAAUGCUUGCAUGGCACUCCGCCAGGCAGCUUGGAGCCAAUGCCCUCACCUUCUUCCACCACAUGUCCACCACUCCCUACUCCACCCAUCGCUAACUGCAAUGAAAUGUUGGCGCCCUUUGACCCUGAUCCUGCGGACGUUGCACUGUCGAGUGUACCUGGACAGGAGGCAUUUGACCCCCGUAGGCAUCGGUUCAGUGACGAAGAGCUCAAACCUCAGCCCAUGAUUAAAAAGGCUCGGAAGAUGCUGGUCCCUGAUGACCUGAAGGAUGAGAAGUAUUGGAGUCGUCGUUGUAAGAACAACGAGGCCGCAAAACGUUCUCGUGAUGCGCGACGACUGAAGGAGAACCAGAUCUCCGUGCGCGCCUCCUUCCUUGAGCGCGAGAACGCUGCACUCAGACAGGAAGUAGCCGACAUGCGCAAAGAGCUCGGCCGGUGCCGUAACAUCCUGAACAAAUACGAGAGCCAUCACUUGGAUCAAUAAGGAGACGAAGAAAAAGUGUUAUGAGAUGAUGGAUUGAGAACACAGUGAAUGUCCUUAUGAUAGCUAAAAGACAGACGAAAGUGCAUCAAAUAUAUGGCAUGAUGUAUGAAGGACGGCACAAGAGCUCGAGUUUUAAACUGGAGUGAGAGAGCAUGUCACCUCUCUUAAAUUUGUUUUUCUCAGUAGGUACCAUGGCAAGAUUUUAAUUAUGGAAGAGAAUUGUAUAUUUUUAUAUUAUAGAAAUAUGCUCAGUGGGGAGAGGAAAAUUUUGAAAAUAAUUUUUUUAUAUUUUCUAUAGCUUUUGGAGGGCUGUAAAGUAGUGGCAGAGGGAACUGGUUAAGUUAUCAUUGUAAUGUAAAAUCAGGUUCAUGUGGAAUUUUUUGAAGCGAUCAACUCUUUAGAUCUUGUGAAGGUUAAAAAAUGAGGGGCAGAAUUAAGCCUAGGCAAGAACAUCAGAAACAUUUCAGAAAAUAACUUUCUAGAGAAAUUCAACUGUAAAAUAUUGAGGAAAAAAAUAUACAUUUAAAUUUGUAUAGAAAUGUUAUUCUAGAUUUAUUCAAGCACUUAAGUUGUGAUAAACCUGUGCUUAAUAUUUGGCAAAGUUGACCGAGACAACCACGGAUGAGGGGAAUGACAGGUGCAUCUCAACUCUUUGGGGAAGAACAUUGUUUAUCAGUCUACUGCUGAUAUUUAUUUGUCAUUCUCAAAGGAAAACUGACCAUGAAAUGAUGGUAAGAAGAUGGUAAAGAAAGACAUGCAUUAAUUAUAUUUUAUCUGCAUUUAUUGUGUUUAUUCAUUUAACGGUGAACUCAGUAGGAUUCUUUCUCUUCUUAAAGUUGGUAUCUCUUGUCUACAAUGUACUUAACUUUUUAUAGGAAUCUCACUCACACUUGCAAACAAAAAACAAAGUUUUUUAGCAGCAGCAUACAUCCACAAUGUGCAGAUCUUAAGUGAACUUGCAGAGGCUGUUCUUGCUGUGCAAAAACACAAUUUGGACCUCUAUGGAUUGAAUAUAUGGGACAUGACUUGUAUAGAAUGGUUCCUUGUAUUGGAUGCACCGUAAACUGCAUUUUAAAACAGGUCGAUAUGUAGACACAUGUCUGCGCUUUUGCACCGUUUGAACAAUAUUGAAUUUUUACAACCUGAUUACCGGUGUCAGUACAAAUGUUUCAAAAUCUAUUCGUUUUGUGGUUCCAUGUUAUUUCUCCAGUCAUGUCUGUUUCUUUCCUUAACGACCAUUAAAGUAACUUCUCUUAUUAUGAAUUAUUGAUCUGAUCAUUAUUACUAUUGUUGUUAAUACUACAAAUGAAUUAUUUUUAGUUGUUUUAUUACCUUGAUAUUGUCUAUUUGAAUGCAAGUCUCCUCUCAGCUGUGGAGAUGGUCACUUCCUGUUUGUUAUAGCAUUCAUUGUCAACACCAGCUGAAAAGUGUUGUCGUGACAGCCAGGUCAAUUUGUGUAUCAGAGGAAUGCUGGGGGGAAAAAAACUCUGCUUCCCCAAAAUAAAUGGAUUUUUUUCUGUACACUAGCAUUAUAAAGACCCAUCAUAACUUCUGCGCUGUCUUUCUCUUUUUUGUGCAUGUAGGUGUUUAAGCUAACUGCCUUUUUUUAUUUUUUUUGCCCAGUAAUUU